AUGGGUCCCCCCCGGCGCAAGAUGCUCGCUACGGCAGAAGAGACGAUGAGGCCGCCGCACGAGCUGCAGCCCGGGCAGGUGAUUACACGGGCGAUCAAGGCGACAGGAAACAACAUCUACGCGGUGGAGCUCCCGUCCAAGGAAACGGUGCUGGUCGAGCUUCCUUCGCGCUUCCGGUCGACGAUCUGGAUCAAGCGGGGUUCCUACGUGGUGGUGGACACGAAUGCGCUGGAGGGUCGCGAUAACAAGCUCAAGGGGGAGAUCGUCAAUAUUGUUCGGGAUGAGAAGGCGUGGCGGAAGGCUCCGUUUUGGCCGAAGGAGUUUGCUAAGCAGGCCGUGGUCAUCUCGGAUGAUUCGGACGAGGAAGAAUCCAAUGUGGGCAAGAUGCCCCCGUCAGAUGAUUCGGACGCAUGA